AUUAUGCAACUACAGUGCAUUCUGGGUAGCUAGUGCAUUCUGGGAAGGAGAAGGGAGCCACCAUACUGUUUACAGCACAUUUGCAAAGCUCUCCUAGCAUUCCUGCUUCUUAAAUCUCCACUACCCCACAGCCAGCAUAUCUGUUUUACCACAUGAACAUACAUCGACACACAUACGUCGAUGCUCCUGUUUACUAAUUGCAACUGACCACUUACAGUCAAACAACCUGUUAUCAAUAAACAAGUUAGAUUACAAGACGGUCUGCUUAUUUGGAAGACAGGGAUGGUUAAGCUGAAUGUUGGAUUGCACACUGUGAGAACGUGUAUGAAGGCAGAUCAGUAAAACAGAUGCUGGUCAGCAACAAUAGUGGAUGUGACCGUGACCAAACGGAGCUGCCAUCACACACGCGGUUCUGCGUAUACGAUUGCAGCGUCUGCCACACGGUCAGUGACAAGAAGUGAGAGUGCAGCUCCACACGAUCCAGACCACGCUGAAGCCCGGUCCUAUAUAGACUGAGUCCACAAAGAGACAUUAAGCGGCCGGCAGAACAGGCAAAAUGUCUGUUAGCCGAGCAUCAUCAUACAAAACCAGAUCACGAGCAAGCUGCUCUAGCAAAUCCUCCAUAAAAGAAAUGGCUGCUCUCGCACGUGCAGAAGCUGAAGCUACAAAAGUAAAGUCUUCCUUCGCUGCACAAGAGAUGCAACUAAAGAAAGAGAGGGCAUCAUUAGAAAAGGAACGAGUAGAUCUGCAAGCGUCGCUAGAAAGUCUAGCCGCAGAGAAAGAAGCGGCAGCCGCAAUAGCCAAAGCAGAAUACCUGGAAGCCCUGGAGUUUUCCGGGUCUGAGAAACACAGCCGAGUACUUGGGCCAGACCUAGACGAACAAGAUCCAGCCCAGCGUGUCUCAGAAUACGUCUACCAACAUCCCAAGACAGAGGGCAACUAUGAGCCAGUACAUCAGCCAGCUUAUAAAGAGUGCCAAAGAUCUUACCUUGAACCACAGUACCUUAGGCAGGACGGUAUGCGACCAUACGAUGCUGACAACUACCGCCCUAUGGAGCAGAGACUACAAUCUUUGCCCCGAAUUCAAGGGACACCUUUUGCAUCAGAACGGCAUUAUACUGACUGCUCUAAGCCAGAAGCUCUUAAAAGGUAUGGUAAUACACCACACGUGCAGCAUAACAGCACACCGGGUUGUACUAAUGCUAACUGGGCCAUCAUGGACUUUGCUAAGUUCUUUGCUAAACGGGAGCUGGUUACCAAGGGACUUACAAAGUUCACUGAUCAGGCCGAGAACUACAGGUCAUGGCGAGCCUCCUUCCAAAACGCCAUAAGAGACUUAGACCUUUCCCAUCAGGAAGAGUUAGACCUCCUGGUAAAGUGGCUUGGAAGCGAGUCCGUUGAACACGCCAAAAGAAUCAGAGACAUUAACAUAAACUAUCCUGACAGAGGCCUAAAGAUGGUGUGGGAAAGACUUGAUGAGUGUUACGGGUCCAUAGAAGCCAUUGAAAAUGCUUUGUUCAAAAGGAUUGAUAACUUUCCCAGAAUAGUGGUUAGGGGUUACCAGAAGCUCAGAGAGCUCAGUGACUUGUUAAGAGAGGUACAGGUUGCUCAAGAAGAAGGAGAUCUACCAGGGCUAGCUUUCCUAGACACCGCCAGAGGGGUCAAUCCUAUUGUUCAAAAACUCCCUUAUAACCUACAAGAGAAGUGGGUCACACAUGGUUCUACUUAUAAACGGGUUCAUAAUGUACCAUUUCCCCCCUUCGAGGUGUUUGUAAACUUUGUCAGUGAACAGGCAAGAAUCAGAAAUGAUCCCAGUUUUGAUCUCACAAUGUCAUGCCCCACUACCCCUGUUGUCAGACCUCAUAAAAUACCAGUGACAGUCCAUAAAACUAACAUUGCCUCCACAGGUUCUCCAUACAAGCCGUCUAAGUCUUCUCAAGAAGGGAACGGACACAGAGAUCUUAACAAAGAAUGCCCCCUGCACAAGAAACCACAUUCUUUACUAAAAUGCAGAGCCUUCAGAGAAAAGACUUUAGAAGACCGGAAAGAGUUCCUCAAAGACAACAACAUCUGCUUCAGGUGCUGCACUACAACAUCGCACUUUGCCAGGAACUGUGAGGUCAGUGUGUCAUGCUCAGAAUGUGGUAGCACAGAACACAAUACGGCUUUACACCCUGGGCCACCCUCUCAGGCAGUACACCAAACAGAGGAUCAUGAAAAGAAGCAGAUAGACACUGACAAAACCAACACAGUAGUCACUUCUCAGUGUACCGAGAUCUGUAAAGGAGUGGUAGGAGGAAAGUCCUGCUCGAAAAUCUGCCUUGUCAGAGUUUACCCGGCCAGUCACAGAGAUAAGGCGAUCAAGGCAUACGCAAUUCUAGACGAUCAAAGCAACCGGUCUUUAGCAAAAUCCACCUUUUUUGACACCUUCAACAUCAUAGGACCUGGUUCUCCCUACUCCUUAAGGACAUGUGCAGGUACAGUGGAGACGGCGGGAUACAAGGUAGAGUCCAUAGACGGGCAGACCUGCUUGUCACUGCCAACCAUACUGGAGUGCAACCAAAUUCCUGACAACCGUUCUGAGAUACCUACACCAGAAGUAGCAGCAUACCACCCCCACCUGAAGCGUAUAGCUCACCAGAUACCAGAACUGGAUCCAGAAGCACCAAUAGCCUUACUCCUAGGAAGAGACAUACUACGUGUUCACAAGGCUAGAGGACAGAUUAACGGUUCCCAAAACGCUCCAUACGCCCAGAGACUUGACCUAGGGUGGGUCAUCGUAGGAGACGUCUGUCUAGGAGGUGCACACAAGCCGAUCUCUGUCAACAGCAUGCUCACCAACACACUAGAAAGUAGACGUCCUUCCUUAUUCCAACCAUGUCAGAACAGUUUCCUGAUAAAAGAAAUGCCAUAUAGAGAUCCUGUCCCUUGUCCCUUCAUGGAUCCUUCCAGCGAAGACCACGCCUGUGAUGGUGAACGAGAUCACUUAGGGUGUACAGUUUUCCAUAGGUCAAGAGAAGACAACAAGGUCACAAUGUCCAUAGAAGACAGACUGUUCUUGGAGAUCAUGGAUCAAGGAAUGACAAAAGACAAGUCAAAAAGCUGGGUCGCGCCUUUACCAUUUAGAUCCCAGAGACAACGCUUACCUGACAACAAAGAACUUGUCUAUAACAGAUUUAUCUCCCUCAAGCACAAACUUCAGAAGACACCAGAGAUGAAAGAACAUUUCAGAACAUUUUAUGUCUACGUCUCCAAUCGAGUGCUGAGGAUCAGGAGAUCCACUAGUCCUCAACAGCGGCACCACGUGCCUACACAACAUAAUCCCGCAGACCACGCAAACAGAUCCGUUGCAGCCUGCCACCCGAAAGCCACAACAUGGUUCACAGGUCCUGCGUUCCUGUACCGUUCAUCAGCUUGCAACAUCGGAUGUGACACAUUUGAAUUGAUAGACCCAGACGCAGAUGAGGAGAUCCGACCCGAAGUAUCUGUUCUUAACACAGUGACUUCUGAUCAUCAACUCGAAUCCCAUCGUUUCAGCAGGUUCUCCACCUGGAUGUCUCUGGUCCGUGCGAUAGCCAUCUUGAUUCAUAUAGCUAAGUCCUACACAUCUACAUUACCUGUGAGUCAGAAACCUUGUAAAGGUUGGCAUCACUGCAAGAACGCCAUGUUACUCAAACCGAGGACCAGCACCCUGAGUGCUCCAUCUGGAGAAUUUACUGAAAAAGACCUGUAUAGACAUCAAUGGAGGCAGGUGCAAAGUCUCUCUAAUGUCUUCUGGGACAAAUGGAGAAAAGAGUAUGUCUCUACCUUGCAGUCAAGAAUUAAGUGGCAAACUAACAAGCCGAACAACAGACCUGGGGAUGUCGUGCUCAUGAAAGACCACCAAUCACAUGGGAACGAGUGGCCACUGGGCCUCAUCAACAACACGUUUCCAAGCAAGGAUGGGAAUGUACGUAAGGCCGAGGUCAAAAUCUGGAAGCUUGGCGAGUGCAAACUAUUCCUCAGACCAACAGCCACUCGUGUUGUUGUUUUCACCUGAGAAGACAAGUAGUGACGUCCGUUGACGCCAGACGGGGAGUGUUCUGCCCCACAUCAAGGGUUGAAGAAUCAUUACUACUUCAACAAGCUAGAAUCUGUAUAGCUAGUUACAUAACAGCGCCAUCUAGCGGCAGUAGAAAUCCACUGCAACCUAUGUUUCUUACAUUUGUAUAAAUAAAGUUCUUAAUUAUGCAACUACAGUGCAUUCUGGGUAGCUAGUGCAUUCUGGGAAGGAGAAGGGAGCCACCAUACUGUUUACAGCACAUUUGCAAAGCUCUCCUAGCAUUCCUGCUUCUUAAAUCUCCACUACCCCACAGCCAGCAUAUCUGUUUUACCACAUGAACAUACAUCGACACACAUACGUCGAUGCUCCUGUUUACUAAUUGCAACUGACCACUUACAGUCAAACAACCUGUUAUCAAUAAACAAGUUAGAUUACAA